AUGAAAUCUGUGACUGGGGAGGCUCCUAAGCGGACUCCCACGACUUCGAACUUACCCGUAUUAGAUAACCCUAAUUCAAGAGAAGAGAUUCAAACACCACGCUCAUGGGCAACCAAAGGCGGGCCUUUACCUAUCGAUGCCGCCACCCACCAGGAGAGGCUCGAGAAACGUCUACAAGCCCAACUAAGAGAUGGAAGCCGGAGCAGAAAUGUGAAACGGCUUGAAGAUCCGCUAUCUAAACAUCUCCUACGCGUCGCUGGGAACCCAGCUUACAGGAACCUGCGCAAGAGUGUUAUCGUUACAGGCAAAACUCUUGUAUGCGAGCUUUUGAGGAACUUCCCCUGUAGGCGACUGGCCGUUCGCCGUCGCAGUUUAGAGGCGCUACAUGCUUCUUUACCUUUUUUGCACAGAUAUGUGGAUCCUGUGAUUACAUCUACUACGUCUGCCUCGCCAGAUAAUAAUCAACUGCCUACUAUCAGCAAGCGCGAUGCCGAUUCUGCAAGCGCGUACCCGCGACUAAACACAAACGUUGAAACGCACUUCGUCAGCAACAGGAUUUUGCGUAAGGUGGCCGGUUUUCAAUCCUACGAUGACGGAUGUGUUGCUGAAAUGCGAAUGCCAGAGCCAGCCAACGAUUUGGGCAAUAUACGGCUCUUGCUAUGCUUGGGAAACAUCCCUUCGUCACUUGGUCAAACGCAGAAGGAUCGGAUGCCAGUGGUGUCAAGGUCCAAUCCUGAGUUUUUAGAUUCAGGAGUCGUUGGGACCUUACUCAGGACAGCAGCCGCACUGCAGUGGCAAGGUGCUUGGAUCCUGCCGUCGUGCCCUGAUAUUUUCAACCCACUCGCAAUUAGGGCUUCACAGGGGGCGCUGUUUUGGCUACCAUAUCGUCGAGGUACUGUGAAGGAGCUCAUUCAGUUGUGUAAUGAUAAAGAUCUUGCAAUCUGUGUUCCGCACGAAGGUGGUAUCCCGGUGAGGACAUCGGGGAUUUUCGAGAGGAAACAAAAGAAAGGUGUUUGUCUUGUGCUGGACUCCAGCUUGAUCAGUGCCGCACAACAGUUUCACAAUAGCCGGCGGAGCGUCUCUGCUUCCACCGGCCGAGUUCGAAGUUCUGGCGACGCUCCAGCAAUAUCGAAUGAGAGGAAGAGAGAAGGUGCACGAGCAGAAAGAUGUGACUUCAAACCGGACAUAUUGCUGUCACUUGGCAGUGAUGUUGCUCCAACAGGAAGAGAAUCUAGUCGAAAAGCUUUCAAAAGAUUCGUCUUAGUGAAUGCCAGGUCAAAAGCGUUGAGCCCGUGA